GCGUGUUGGAGGCACACACACACUCGCUCUCGCAUACAGCCUUACAGAGACAGGAGGGGAGAGUCAGAGACGCGGAGAAGAAGAAGAGGAGUGAGAGAGAGAGAAGGAGAGAAUGUCUGCUGAGAGGGUGGCUCUCGUUCCUCGUUCACAAACCGGCCCUCGCUGAGACACCAUGGGCUGUAUCGGCUCCCGCACCAUCACUGUCCAUGGAGGACACCACCUCCAUUUUGCCCCAUCUGAAACGGAACUCCAACGCCUAUGGGAUUGGGGCUCUGGCUAAGUCCUCUCUGACAGGUGUUACCAGAUCAAUGAAGGACAAAGUGACCAAGCCCACUGCCAUGGCUCAGGGCCGUGUGGCCCACAUGAUUGAGUGGCAGAGCUGGGGUAAACCAUCUGCAGGGCCAGAAGGGGGAGCGGGACGCUCCAAUCUGAACCGCGCGAGAGAGAGACGGCUUGAAAAUGAUGCCUAUUGUGACCUGAGUGAUGGAGAAAAAGAGGCACGAAUGGCAGCGGGCAUUAUGCAGCAGUUUGCUAUUUCUGAGGCCACACUCUUAGCCUGGAACUCUAUGGAAGGGAGUCUCUGUGCCAACUCCAACCAGGGCAGCGUGGGUCACCUCAGUGAGGUUAACCAGGAGAGCAUCACCAGCAGAGACCAGCCGUUGCAUCAUUCCUCUGCAGAAGUGUGGCCUCACACCUACGUCUCUCAAGGCCUUUACUGUCUCUCCUCCUCUGACGCGUGGGAGCCAAUCAGCAACGAGCCAUCGGGCGUGGCUUCUCCCGCUGCUGGCUCUUAUAUCAUGGCGGGCGGGGCUUCAGGAGAGGGUUAUGAUGGCUCCACCCACUAUUUAACACAGCAGCAGCUGACACUGCAGCAGCAGAACCACCUACAGCAGCUCCAACAGUAUCAGCAGUACCAGCAGCAGCAGCAGCUCCUGCAGUAUCAACAGUCUUUGGAAUAUCGACUGCACAGCGCUUCCCACUCCUUACAAGCCACGCCCAACAGCACUAUUCACAGUUUGGGCCCGCCCACUCACCCGAGACUGGCUGACCUGUGGGCAGCAGCUCAGGUGGAGCCCCAUCAGGUGGAGAUGAUGGGACUCAUGGGCAUGACCAUGGCCGAAAUGGGAAUGGCAGAAGUGUACGGUGAGGAAUCUGUUGUGGAGACCGAAUGCAUCCCGGAGCAGCAAGAGGAAGAGGAAGCCAAGGAGGAUGACAUAACACUCACUCUCGAACCCGAGCCGACAUCUGUAACUGCCGCCCUGACCCCUCCGCCUCAAAGAGAGGACUCCACCCCACCUGGGGGCAUGAGCCCAGGGCAAGCACCAGCAGAGCCAGUGGCUGAGCACAUGACCUAUGAGGUCACAUCCUGCGUCAUCCAAUCACUGGAGGAGAAGGAAGAAGAGAGGGAGGAUGGGGCUGUUGUCAUUGUGGCAACCAACUGAUGGUUCAAAUCAAGGGGCAGCUAAAAGAACAAAAAACAAAACUGUCUGUGAAAUAAUCAACCAGUUAAGCUUAUUGUAUACGCCCUUUUACCCCAGAUGUGUACUCGUAUGGACUGUCACAUCAGGAACAGAUUUAUUCGUUAUUAAACGCCGAAAGAACA